UGUAAAGCUCAGUCAGUCAGUCAGUCAGUGUGUCUGUCUGUGGAAAAGCUCGCUUGACUCAGCAUGGGACGCUUCUCUCGGGACGUUUGUUUGUUUCUCUUGGUCAUAAACAGUUGCAGGAUGAUGCUGGACACUGUGGCGCUCUCAGAUGCAGACGAGUGUGCCGAGGGUUCAGAUGACUGUCACAUCGAUGCCCUCUGCCAGAACACGCCAAAGUCCUACAACUGCAUCUGCAAGCCGGGCUACAAGGGAGACGGCAAACAGUGUGAGGACAUGGAUGAGUGUGAGAACGACUACAAUGGGGGAUGUGUCCAUGAAUGCAUCAACAUACCAGGAAACUACAGGUGCACCUGCUACGAUGGAUUCAUGCUGGCUCAUGAUGGACACAACUGCAUGGAUGUGGACGAGUGUCUGGACAACAAUGGCGGAUGCCAGCAAGUGUGUGUCAACACCAUGGGGAGCUACGAGUGUCAGUGCACAGACGGCUUUUUCCUCAGUGACAACCAGCACACCUGCAUCCACCGCUCUGAUGAUGGCAUGAACUGCAUGAACAAGGACCACGGCUGUGCCCACAUCUGCAGAGAGGCUCCGGGCAAAGGUGGGGUGUCAUGCGAGUGCCGCCCCGGCUUUGAACUGGCCAAAAACCAGAAAGACUGUACAUUGACGUGUAACUAUGGAAACGGGGGCUGCCAGCACACCUGUGAUGACACGGACACAGGGCCGGUGUGCGGCUGCCACCAGAAAUACGCUUUGCACUCAGACAGCAAGACCUGCAUUGAGAAAGAUGAGGCUGCAAUUGAGAGCUCUGAGUUCAAUGCCACGUCAGUAGCUGAUGUGGACAAGCGGGUGAAACGGCGGCUACUUAUGGAAACCUGCGCCGUUAACAACGGUGGCUGUGACAGGACGUGUAAAGACACAGCCACAGGGGUGCGCUGCAGCUGCCCAGUGGGAUUCACCCUGCAGCCUGAUGGGAAAACGUGCAAAGACAUCGAUGAAUGCCAGGAGAACAACGGAGGCUGCGAUCACUUUUGCAGGAACACAGUGGGCUCCUUCGAGUGCAGCUGUCAAAAAGGCCACAAACUGCUCACAGACGAACGCACAUGUCAAGACAUUGACGAGUGCUCCUUUGAGAGAACCUGUGACCACACCUGCAUCAACUACCCUGGCAGCUUCGAGUGCGUGUGCAACAAAGGAUACAUCCUGUACGGCCUGACUCACUGUGGAGACAUAGAUGAGUGCAGCAUCAACAACGGGAGCUGUGAGUUUGGCUGCAGUAACACUCAGGGCAGCUACGAGUGUGUGUGUCCACUGGGACAAAAACUCCACUGGAACAGGAAAGACUGCAUCGAGGCGGUGAAAUGUCUGCCCAAUGGGAAGCCAGCGCCCCGUGCCCAGUUGACCUGCACGAAAAAUGGAGGGGCGGAGGUUUGCUCGCUCUCCUGCCCUUCCAACGCACUCUUCCUUGCAGACUCAGAGAACAGCUACACACUAAGCUGCGGAGUGCCAGUCCAGCCCAGUAAAGCUCCACCUCAGAAGAGGAAUACCACCACUGCCUUACCCACCUGUGCCGACACACUGGCUCCGCCCAUCAAGCAGAAGGCCAGAUUCAAGAUCAAAGAUGCCAAGUGCCACCUGAGGCCCCGCAACAAAGAGAAACACAGAGAUUCAUCCAGGCAGAACCUACAAGGAGGCCAGUUCCCCUGCACUGACGACUGCCAGGUGACGUUUGUCAAUCUUAAAUGUGACUCAUCGAAGAAGCGGCGUCGAGGACGCAAAUCCCCUUCAAAAGAGGUUUCGCACAUCACAGCUGAGUUUGAGAUGGAGAUGAAGGAGGAGGAAGCCUCAGACUCGUGUAAUGUGGACUGCGUGCGCGAGAGGGUAAAGCAGAAGCUGCAGAGCGCCAUGCGGACACUCAGGAAGUCCAUCAACAAACAGCAGUUCUACAUCCAGUUCUCUGGGACAGAAUACGAAGUGGCCCAGAAACCAUCCAGAGCACCAGAGGGCGCUGAGGCCUGCAGUACCGGCCAAGUGUUACGAGAUGGGAAGUGUGUGAGCUGUGCUGUGGGGACGUACUACAGUGGAGAGCAGGAGCAGUGUGUCCAGUGUCCUCCAGGGACGUACCAGGACACGGUGGGUCAGCUGUCCUGUGAGCCGUGCCCCAGCACGGAUGGACAGAGUGUCGCUGGAGCCAAGAAUGUGUCUCAGUGUGGAGGUCAGUGUCCAGCAGGUCACUUCUCUGCUGACGGCUUCCGUCCAUGCCGUCCAUGUGUGCUGGGCUCGUACCAGCCUGAGCCAGGCCGAGUGCUCUGCUUCCCGUGUGGAGGAGGCCUCAUGACCAAGUACGAAGGAUCAAUGUCUUUCAGGGACUGUGAGGCCAAAGUUCACUGUGCUCCUGGACACUACUACAACUCCAGUACCCACCGUUGUAUCCGCUGUCCGGUCGGAACCUACCAGUCUGAGUUUGCGCAAAACUACUGCAUCACCUGCCCCGGGAACACCACCACUGACUUUGAUGGUGCCACCAACGUCUCUCACUGCAAAAACCAGCUGUGUGGAGGUGAGCUAGGAGAGUACACAGGCUACAUUGAGUCUCCUAACUACCCUGGAGAUUAUCCCUCCAAUGUGGACUGUGUCUGGACCAUUAACCCACCACACAAGAGGCGGAUCCUCAUUGUAGUACCAGAGAUCUUCCUCCCCAUGGAGGAUGAGUGUGGAGAUGUACUGGUCAUGAGGAAGAGUGCCCUGCCCACCUCCAUCACCACCUACGAGACGUGUCAGACCUAUGAGCGGCCCAUCGCCUUUACCUCUCGCUCUCGUAAGCUCUGGAUCCAGUUCAAGUCCAAUGAGGGCAACAGUGGCAAAGGCUUCCAAGUUCCAUAUGUAACCUACGAUGAGGAUUACCAGCAGCUGAUAGAGGACAUAGUACGAGAUGGCAGACUAUACGCCUCUGAGAACCAUCAGGAGAUACUGAAGGACAAGAAGCUGAUAAAAGCCUUGUUUGACGUACUGGCUCACCCCCAGAACUACUUCAAAUACACGGCACAGGAGUCCAAAGAGAUGUUUCCUCGCUCCUUCAUCAAGCUGCUGCGCUCCAAAGUCACCAGAUUCUUACGACCGUACAAAUAGACUGACCCUCUCCCCCUUACUGUUCCGUGAAAGACCCUCAUCAUCCCAUAUCAUUCCAGCUCCCCUGCCUGGAUCAAAUCAUCGAUGUGCCCGUGACUUAACAUCUUGGUAUUUUAUAUUUGUCCUCAAUUUGUCACAUGUAGCCUUUCCUCAUCUUUGACCCAUUUAUGUAGUAAUAUAUGAUUAACCCAGCCCCCUCCUCUUCGUGCUGCUUUUUCUCUAAGGUUUGACUGAUAUGGGUUUUGAAAGGCCAGUAUUAAUAAUUUAAUAAGGUUGUGGAAGAACCAUGACAUAUUGUGUGUGUGUAUAUAUUGUUUUAAAUUUGACACUUGAUUGUUGAAUUCAAAAAUUCAAUACAGAUUUAAGAAUUUCUAACCAAAUCAAAAAUAUAGUCUUUACAGUGAUAUAUACUUUACUAUGGAUUUCAAAACAAUGAUAUAAAUAAAUCACUGUCACUGUAUCUUCAGACACAGCACUGAUCUCACACGAGGCCUCAUCAGGUUUUACCAUUACACAAAGUUAAAGCAGACAAAAUUACUCUUAUAAAAUGCCAUUUUUCUCCAUUAUGCAUCAUAAAUCACUCUACAGAAGUGGUAUGGAGCAGCAGUCAGAUGAAUGUUGGGAAAUGAAUACCUUUUUAAGGUGGCAACUCAAAGGUCCAGUGUGUAGAAUUCAGACAUUGAAUACAAUAUUUAUAAUUAUAUGUCAUUGAGUUAUUCUUACCUUGAAACCUUUAAAGUGAACUAGGAGUGGGUCCAUGGAGUCUCUCAUGUUGUACCACCAUGUUUGUACAAUAGCCCUGAAUGGACAGAUUUAAAGUGAUGUUUCCUGAAGGCCACCAUAGUUUCUUAUAUACACAUGGGUGGAGACAAUUAUCCAAAAGAUCAUGUAGGCUCAAAAUCUGGCAACUUUACUUUGACAUAUGAAAUCUACACAGAUUUGAUAGUUAGCAUUUUGAUGAAGCAUACCUGUUAGCUCUCUUCUCUUGCUAAUAGUGCACUGACAUACUUGCUGGAAGCGUCUGUUGAAAUGCUGCCUAGUUACUUUUAGUCACAUGUGACUGAACCACAGUGUAGUUCAGACACAGGUGACUGGGUCCCCUGCUUGCACUGGAGAAGCUAAGAAAUCCUUAACUUUCCAAGCAGCAGUGGAAGUGCAAGAGACAUUUUUAUGUCUAAAACAGCAAACUGCCCAAAAGAAGGUUUACCAUUUUUUACCUCAUGCUGGCGGCUUUGUUGAACAGAGUGCACCCCCAAAACAUCUUGCAUCACUUUGGCAACUUCCACAAAGUUGGCCUUGACAUGAUACUGAUUUAGCAGUUUCUUACAUCUGCCUCCAGCACAUGUAUGUGUGAUUUAUUAAGUAUAAAUCAUCCAUAAAGCAUUCAUGAAAUUCAUUGCUUAAUAGAGUGUAAAGUGUGAACGCUAAUUUGGGGGUUGGUGUUUUUUUUUUACUCUUUCUUGAUUGGGUGUUGUGACUCCUGGUCCACACUGAUCCUCAUAAAGGCAGAUACUUGUUUGAACCCGAAGACAUAGCCUGUCUUUAUGUUAGCUUGGCUAACGAUUGGAGGCCUCCUUUCCACCUGGCAUUAGAAUACAUUUUCUGUGAUCAGAUAGCGAUUGAAGCAGGGGAAGAAGAUCUCGUUGCAUUGCACUUUUGCAAUCCACGCUUGGGUGUAUAUACACCUGUACUUACAUGUGGUCAGGCGGUAUUCAAUUGCAAUCCGAUCACAGAAAACACAUUUCAAUGCCAGGUGUAAAGGGGGCUGUAGUGUUGCAACAGGGCAGAUGAGGGCUGAGAGAGGGCCUUCAAAAUCAACCUAUUACAUUAGUCCACAACAACAACAAUUUAGUGAGAACCACCUUAAAUGUUAUGAUUUUUUUGUGCUUUUAAUCUGUAAAGAUUUAGUAACAUUAGUCAUUUAAGGAUACAGUAAAGUGUUUGUCCAGUAUUAAAUAAAAGGCCAGUAUCAGCAAACGCAUAUGUCAGUCAAACCCAAUUUCUGCGUACUUGAUAUUAUAUGUUCUAUUCUUCUAAUGGUGCGUUCCAUUUGUAGUCGGAGCUCUGGAUUUAUAACUCAGAUCAACCUCACAUAGUUAGGAUUCCAAAAGGGCUGCCACUGUGCAAACACUGUUGCUUUUAUUGUUAAUAGCACUUCUGUCACAUAGGUUUCAGUGUCAGUGUGCACCAAAUUCCAUGUAGAGCAUUGUUAUCGACUGGUAUUGCUAACAGAGCAUUGUGUUUCAGACGUCUCAACUGGAACGUAGUGAACUUGGGAGUAACGCUACUCCCAGUUCCGGGUUCCGAUGUAGAUGGAACGCAGCAAAACAAUUCCCACAUUUCUGCACUGUCCCUCACUAUUUUGCUUUUCCCUCUUUCGACUUUCAUCACGUUAUUUCUGCUCUGCCUUUGUGUCGUUUUGUUUUUGUAAUAUUUAUACUGAACAUGUCUGAAGCCCAUAUCGCAGACGCUAUAGAUACAACAUAGGUAUGAACAUGGAAGAUGUGUUCGUUUUUGUGGAGAUACACAGGUGUCAAUACCUUCAGAGUGAAUUGAUUUGUCCAGAUUUUUUCUUGUUUUUAAUUUUUUGUCCUGAUGUGCACACGACAGUAAGGUGAAAACAUUAGGUGCACUUAAAAACACAUUUUAACAUGGGAAUUAUAUGUAAAGCAAUGUAAACCAUUGGGUGCUUUAGCUGUUGCCUUGGAGCACAGCGAAAGGAUGAAAUGGGGGUGAAUGAAAGUCUAUAUUAUAAUUUUCUAAAUUAAAAAAUACAUAUGUAACAAGAUGAGAUAAACUACCUACAAGUAACAGAGUGUUACUUUAGAGAUAAAUGUUUGUGAUGUAACUAAUAUUUGGAACUUUAAUUGCACUUGAAUUUUAUAUGUUAAACUUACGGGGGGAAGUUACAUUUGUUACCUUUGUUACGGUUUAUGUGUGUUGUUUUGAAAUGUGCCGCAUGUGGCAGCGAUGAGCGAGAGAGAGAGAGAGAAAGAUGUUUUCCUGUUGUUGCCCCGAAACAGCAAAACCCCCACAUUCAUGCACACGGCGAGGAAAAGCAUUAACAUCGCACAACCUGAGUUUGUACGUGACAAGAAAGCACACAGAGGAAAUAAACGACGGCGUAACAUUACACCACACUGCAGUGUUGCGUCUCCACGGCCCAGUCCUGCUUUCAUCCCUCACUCAUGUCCUAUAGCUGCCAGAGAGAGGAAGCGUCACCGUAACGGCUUCUUGUAUGAUGGCACCACAUACAUACAGCACUACUACAGUAUACACAGUAGUAACUAAUAUGUGCAUUCAUCAGUUUGCACUCUCUCUCCAUUACGUACAAAGUGAAGUGUGUAUACUAUGCUUUUCUUUUAUAACCCAACUAAAUGUUUUUGUGUCGUUCCCAUUGGUACUUACGGUACAUGUCUAUGAAAUGCUAUACUGCAUAUCAGAAAUGGAGACUAUAUCUGCACAAUGCGAAUGGAGUUGUGAGUGUUUGGUCUGGAGGUCAGUGUUAGGGAAAGGGACACAGUCUGUCUGAGUGUGUGUAACACUUGCUGCUUUAUCCGGUGAACAUUUUCUGUGUUUUGUUGUUUCUAAAAAAAAAAUAGCUUCCCUCCGACAAAUGAUAUAAAAACAUGUGUAUGUAACAUUAAUGUUUCUUUAGAGAAUCAGAGCUGAUCAAAACCCAUUGAUAGUGGAUGAAAUCACUAUCCUGCAUGUUUAAGCUCAUUCUUUUUCAAAGCACACUUAAGGUGUUCGUUGAUUUCAGGGCACUGUGGAAUUAAAUUUGUUGAGAUUUGCAGCAUAAAUAAUAAAGAGAAAAUCCAACCACAGUGGACAAUGAGGGGCUUAGUUUAUUGUAAUUUUCUAAGUUAAGUUUUUUGGUGUGUUGCAAACACUGGGUCGGGACCCAAAGAGGGCUCCCAGGAAAUUGCAAACAAAUUUGCAGAGGAUUCCAAACCUUUUAGUUCAGAUUUAAGAUUUUCGUCCCAAGAUUUACUUGGGAACGAUUUGUUUACCAAUUAAAAACAAAUACAGAUACGGCUGCAAAUGCAGUGUUACAUAUAUAUACAAAUUUGCUCUUGUCACGAUUAAUGUUUGUGAAUUGGGUUACAAUAGUUUGCCAUAGAGGUAACGCUGUGCACUUUGAAUAAACUGCAUUGUAUUGGAGUGGAUUAGUUGCUUAGUGUAACAUACUGUUACACUUAGUUGCUACACUUUUCUCGCACUGUGUGCAGUCAAGUCUGGAUAAUGUUUAGCUUUCCAGGCAGCCAAUCAAAUUAUUUAAUAGAAAAUUUCAGCACAGUUGUAGCCAAUUAGGUUUAUGUGUUUAAUAUCAAACAGUACACCAUCCAGAUGAGGUUGUGCUCCAUGUUGUCUGUGUAAUUGUUGGAUAGCAUGCACCCAAUUUCAGAUACUACUUCUAUGUGAAAGUCACGCAUGUAGCCAAAAUAAAUUUAGCAAUGUACACUAUCUGAAACUGACAAAACUAUUUUGACUUCAUAUCACAUAUCUAAUCACAAUGAACUGAUUGGGAUGAAUAAAAACAUUGACAAAAUGCAA